CGCGCGGUUCUUCAGAAUCUCACUUUCUCCCGCGUAACCCAGAACAAAAAUGUACACGAACAAGUGCCGGAACUUGGUGCUUCCCAAAAUCGACGUCGAGUCGGCCAACGGAACGACCCCGACGGACGGUUGUCCACCCGAGGACCAGCUGCAGCUGCUCGGGACGGCCCGGUCCGACAAGCUGUCCCCGGUGAGCUUCGGGCCGGGUUCCAGUACGCCACGGUCACCCAGCAGAAGACUCGGUGCGUACCGGCCCAGCGUGUUCGCCCACCGCGUCCACCGGCGGGCCGUCACCAAGAACGGCCACUGCAACAUCGCCCCCAUCAAGGCCGGUUCCGGCAAGCGGUUGCGCUUCCUGCAGGACAUGUUCACCACGCUGGUGGACGCCCGGUGGCGCUGGACGUUGAUGGUUUUCGCGCUGGGCUUUGUCGGCUCCUGGCUGUUCUUUGCCCUGCUGUACUGGUUCAUCAGCUACGCCCACGGCGACCUGGAGGAGGACCAUCUGCCGGACAAGCAAGACCAAUCCAACUGGACGCCGUGCAUCUCCAGCAUCUACUCGUACACCUCGUGCUUCCUGUUCUCGCUCGAAACCCAGCACACCAUCGGCUACGGCAGUCGAGCCACCAACGAGGAAUGUCCGGAGGCCAUCUUCGUCAUGUCCCUCCAGUCGGUUCACGGCGUCAUGAUCCAAGCGCUGCUCGCCGGAAUAAUCUUCGCCAAAAUGACCCGCUCCAAGAGCCGCUCGCAGACUCUCCUCUUCUCGAAGCACGCCGCGAUCUGCCUCCGGGACGGCGACCUGUGCCUGAUGUUCCGCGUCGGCGACAUGCGCAAGAGUCACAUCAUCGGUGCCAACAUCCGGGCCCAGCUGCUCCGGCCGCGGGUGACCCGCGAGGGCGAAUCGAUGCCCCAGUACCAGACGGAGCUGGAACUGACCGCGGACGGGUGCGGGUCGGACUUGUUCUUCAUCUGGUCACAGACGGUGGUGCACCGGAUUACGGCGGACUCGCCGCUGUGGAACAUGGGCGCGUUGGAUUUGACCCAGGAACGGUUCGAGAUCGUGGUCAUCCUCGAGGGCACCAUCGAGUCCACCGGCCAGAGCACCCAGGCCCGGUCCAGCUACCUGGCGAAUGAGAUUCUGUGGGGCUACCGGUUCGAACCGGUGCUGCUGUACAACAAGCAACGCCGAGGGUUCGAGAUCAACCUGUCGCGGUUCAACGAGAUGGUGCCGGUUCUGGAUACGCCCGGUUGUUCCGCGAAGGAACUCGCCGAAGGACUCGCUUUCAACAGCAGUGAGAACCUGUUGGAAAAGCGGCCCUUCGAGUACGGUUCCCUCGUGGAAAAGUUGCAGCAAUUUCACGUGGAAGACGAGCAGUGUCGAUCGAACCAGCAAGGCAUCAGCAAAUCCGCCUAUCUGCUGUCACCCCCGCGGCAACUCCAACUCCAGGCCACGGUGGCACGGUCACACUCGUCCACGGAGCUGAAGGUCGUCAACGGGGAAAAGUAGGGUAGUUUUUAGGAAGAUGCGUCUAAAUCAAUAUAAAAAUUA